ACUCUCUCUCUCUCUCUCUCUCUCUCUCUCUCUCUCUCUCUCUCUCUCUCCCCAAGUCUUUCACACUACUUCUCACCUCAUCUUCUGAAACAUUAAAAAAUGACAAAAAACUUUCUUUCCUUAAAAAGCUAAUGCGCAUUCAACACCCAACCAUUUACGUGUUUUAUAGGCCACCAAAUAUACGAAUUUAAUUAGCCGCGAGCCAUGGGUCAUCGGAGCUUUUCUCCCAUGCCGGCACCGCCGGCCGGUUCAAUAUUCACCGCCCCUCUGCACUCCCAUCACGCCGGUUUCCCGAUAAUCGCCGUCGCCAUUAUCGGAAUUCUCGCCACCGGCUUGUUGCUGGUCAGCUACUACGUCUUCGUCAUCAAAUGCUGCUUAAACUGGCACCGAAUUGACCUCCUCCGGCGGUUUUCGUUUUCCAGACGGCGGCGCGUGGAUGAGCCCUUCGCCGUUUUCUCCCCGCCGGUGGAGAACCGCGGCCUCGACGAGGCCGCGAUCCGGUCCAUCCCGAUUUUUCAGUACAAGAAAGAACCCGCCACCGCCGACGCCGACGCCGCCACGGCGGCGGCGGCGUGUGAAUGCGCGGUUUGCCUGAGCGAAUUUCAAGAAACGGAGAAGCUGAGGAUGAUUCCGAACUGCGGCCAUGUCUUCCACAUUGAUUGCAUUGACAUUUGGCUUCAGAGCAACGCCAACUGCCCACUCUGCCGAAACAGCAUUUCCUCACGCGCCGCCGCCGCCGCGUUCAUGAUUGCUCCGGCCACCACCCCGCAAGAUCCAAUCUUGAACAUUAAUCCUAGUACCGAGGAUGAUGACUACGUUGUGAUCGAGAUAAGCACUCAUGAUCGCCGCAAUAAUAACACCAAUUCCAAUCAAUCAUUAGUGAUCCACUCGGGCGAAUUAUCAUCAACCAUCUCAAUCACUCCCUCCCCACGACCAAAAAUCUCCCGGAAAAAGCCCAAAAACUUCGCCCACGUUUCCAGCUUCGGCGACGAGUGCAUUGACAUCAGACACAAAGACGAACAGUUCGCCAAAAUUCAGCCCAUUCGCCGAUCUUUCUCCAUGGAUUCCGCCGCCGACCGGCAGCUUUUCCUCGCCGUUCAAGAAAUUGUUCAACAACAUAGUUCGAUUCCUGAGGUUAAUGAUCUUAGCGAAAGUGGCAGUAGCAGCAGAAUUAAAAGAUCAUUUUUCUCAUUUGGGCAUGGAUGGGGAUCAAGAAAUGCAGUUCAACCAGUUCACCAGGACCCUUAGGCCCCGGGACCCAAUAGAAUCGCUGAAGGAGGUAAAUCGCAAAUGACUCAAGUAAUUUGUUACUGGAAACGGCCACUUAUUAAGUGGUCUGUCACUUGAGCUAGCAGGAGUCGAUAACCAUUCUCUUUAUCAUCUUGCUCUUUUUGUUUUUAUUUAUUUAUUUCUGUAUUAUUAUUAUUUUUUUUAUUAGAAUAGUUAUAGACGUAGAUCAUGUAGUGAGUUUAGACUUGCUUGCAGAGUACAGAGAAGAUUAGUUUGUGGGCAUUGAUUUUAUUUAACUUUUUUAUUAAGCUCUUGGCAGGAAGGACCAGUGGUCCAAUUUGACAUUUUGCCAUGAUUAUAGUCAUCAUUUCUUUAACCAA